AUGCCCACACCUUGGGUGCAAGAUGCAGGCUUCUCGGAUGCAGACAGUAGUGACGAUGAUCAGCUGCUGCCCUCGUCAGAGCCUGAUCAACACUUCUCCAGUCACAUCUCGGACUCUUUCAGCCUUGAAGCAGCCGAGGAAGGGAGAGUCGGGCGGCAAAUUGGCACGGGAGUACGUCAACGGUUUGGUUGGAGCGGCGAGCACGCCGAGUUGUCUGCAGGGCAAGAGAGAGGGAAUGGACACGCUCCUGCUGGUUAUGGCUCUGCACCGCAGCCAGGUGAACAUCGCCUCUUUGCGGUUGCAGGCAGCAAUAUGUCUACGGUGUUCCAGUCACGCUCUGUCCAUGCUGAUGAGUCCACCAUGCCUCAGGGCAGUCAUUCCGUGCCUCAAAACACUGGGCUGACAUUGCACGUACAUCAUCCACCCCUCAUAUCUCCACCAUCCUGGUCUCAGACUGCUGGUACAUCUCUAAACACACGGCAGUUUGUCUAUGGAGGUCAGAUCUAUUAUCCUCAUUUAUCCCUGCAUCGUAUGCCAGCUGCAGAGCGCGCACAACUGCACUGCGAAGAUUUAUCAUACGCCGCACCAUCAAAUAUGCACCCACUGGGUUCUCCAUCCCUCACGGACACUACCGCUGGUCAGGAUGUCCAGCUCGAAUCUGCAUCUUGUCUGUUCACCCCUGAGAGGAAUCCCGAGGCAAUCCCAAGCAAGGCUGAUGAAGAUGCGGUCACACCGAGAGGCACCCCAGACGGUUCUGCCACACCCACAGCACACUCUGGAGCUGCCAGCACCGUGCCUCGUGGCAUCAGCGCUGCCGUGGAUCAAGGGGCCAACGGCCAGAAAACGCGCGACGGCAACCCCCUAAAGUGA